CUUGAUUCCCGUGUUCAUUUUUUGGGUCCACAAAAAUAUUUAUAAAUAUUCGCUAUUUUUUAUUUUUAUUUUUGUUCCUAUUUCUUUUUUUAAUCAUCUGCCGUGAAUUUGUUGCCAUGAGAUUAAGAUGUGAAACCUAUGAGCUGUGCCAGCAUACAGCUGAAAACUUGGUUGAAUAUCCAUGAGGAUUCGGAAGUCCUUCAAGACACUCACGUUGGAGCACGGGUGAAGAAAAAAAAUUCCACCCCACCAAGCCCCACCUUCCUAUCCGGGCUAAGCCUCUCAGGCAAAAAUCUCAGAGCCGCAGCAACCAUUGUCGGGAUUGCUUCCACCUCUAACCUCCCAGCAAUAGCUCCAGCCUCCAACCUCCAAACAACCCAUCCCAUCUCAAAAUGGCCCCCCUAGCCGCCGCGGCAAAAACAGAACUGACCUCCAUCAAACCCGAAGAACCCGACACCGACUCGGAACCCGAUGACCCAACCCAGCACACCUUCACACUAACCCCAGACUUCCUGUCAACAAUCCACCCGACUCACUCCUCCCUGAAAAACUCCCUCCGUACACAAACCCGCAGCCUAAGAAAUCGCCUUGCAUCAAUCACCGCCGACUCACAAUUCGUCCUCAGCGUCGCGGCCGCAUACACCCUCCCGCUCAUGCCCAACGCCCGGGCGGGUGACUGGUACGUCCCUCCAGAGCACAGAGGCAGUAAUACGAGUGCGUAUUUCAAGAGCACGGAUGGACACCCGGGGCAAUGGGGAUUCAGUCUACGGAGGCUGAACCUGCAUGUUUUGGAGUGUGUGGGGAGACGCGGUGGUGUUGUCCUUGUGGACUCGACGAGACGGGGAAAGAGGUUCCCCGAUGCAUUGAGUAGGACGGUGCCGCUUUGGAUCGCGGUGGUGAACUGGUGUCUGUUUGGCCAGGAGUUUGGGGAACUGUAUGUUUCUGAAAAGAUGGUUUCGGGGAGUGAGAGGGCACAGAUUGAGAGCUUGGUGCCGGGGUUUGUGGAGAGAUUUUUGGUAGAAUUCUAAUCUAAAUAUGACAGAUGGUCAGGCUAACAUUUUGUGGAGCAAUAGGCAUUAGGGGUAGAUUUGUCAUCAUACACACAAACUAUCACGAAACCCCUCCGCCCGGUGUGGGUAUCUCCAGAGUCUAUACUCCCCAUAUCGCCUUCCAAACCCGAAGAGUUUACUCCUGUCAUCCUCUUAACCGCAUCGAAAACGACGCUCGGGGAGGGUAUGGAAGGAGAGUACAUCCAGGGCGCCGGAGACGACCACGAGGGGUGGGCUACUGUACUUGCCUCCCCCCCCCCCCCCCCCACCAUCCCUAGGACAGCCGCUAAUAGCAAUCAGGAAUCAGGCCUAACACCAACUCUGUUCUGGCGCCAUCACACAAAAAUAAUGUCCACACCAGAAAAAGACCUUCCUGAAGUAAUCAAGAAUCUCUCACCCCCACCAUCGAAUAGCACACUGGACGGUUCACAAAUCACCAGAAUCGGCCAGACAAACAUAUCCAUCGCCCCAACAUCUGCUAUACCAACCCUCCCUUUAGCACCUGCUUUUGACCACAUAAUCUGCACAUCUCCCACUCCCCUCCCCCCCGCGAAGGGCACCUCGCCCAUACCAUCUCACCACCCCAUACCAAAUACCCCCCCUGGCGCAAAGCUCCUGAGAAAAUUGCUACCGGAGAUUACUUCCUCCAUCACUAGCCCCGCAGGGAACAUACUCGUCACUUGUGAUAGCGGGGAGCACGUAGCGGCUUGCGUUGCGCUGGCGCUGUUGUGUAUGUAUUAUGACGAUGAUGGGAAGUUUGGGAAGGAUAACGGCGUGGUCGAUAAGACGUAUAUCCGGAGGAGGCUGGCUUGGAUUACCACGGCUAGGGAGGGGGUUAAUCCCGCCAGGACGUUUCUGAAUGGCGUUAAUGCCUUUUUGAUGGGCAGGGGGCGAUAGAUGUUAAGCACGAUAAUGAUGCAUGAUUCGGUGUACAGCAAAGGAUAGAUGAGGCCAGGGUUAGGGUUUAUAGAUAUAUAUAUAUAUGGGAGUGGCUC